AUGCCUUCCAGAUCUGAUAUCACGUACUUCGGCGCUGGCCCAGCUCUGCUGCCCACAGACGUUCUCGAGACGUCGGCCCAGGCUCUCGUCAAUUUCCAGGACACCGGAUUGGGAAUUGCUGAGCACUCUCAUCGCUCAGAGUUGGCUACCAACAUUAUCAACGAGGCCAAGGCUGAUCUCGCUUCCUACAUUGACAUUCCUGAGGACUAUGAGGUUCUUUUCAUGCAGGGUGGUGGUACUGGAGAGUUCUCCGCUACCAUGUACAACCUUGUUGGCGCAUGGGUGACCAAGAAGAAGGCUCAGAUCGUCGCCAACCUCAAGGCUCCCGAGGACGACCCUCGUGUUGAGCAGGAACUCAGAAACGCCGUCGAGAAGGAGCUCAAGACUGACUACAUUGUCACUGGUGGCUGGUCGCAAAAGGCUUCUGAGGAGGCCAAGCGACUGCUUGGUCCUGAGCAUGUCAACAUUGUUGCUGAUGCCCGUCAAAUCAAUGACGGCAAGUACGGCAAGAUCCCCGAGGAGAGCGCCUGGAACCUCUCCAAAGACGCUGCUCUCGUCUACUACUGUGAUAACGAGACUGUCGAUGGUGUUGAAUUCCCUGCUUUCCCCCAGUCUCUGGCCCCUGGCCCUGAUGGCGAAGGUCCUAUUGUUGUGGCCGACAUGUCUUCUAACAUUCUCUCAAGGAGAAUUCCUGUGCAAAACUUCUCUGUCAUCUUCUUCGGUGCACAGAAGAACCUUGGCUCUACCGGUAUCACUGUUGUGAUUAUCAAGAAGAGCCUUCUCCCUCCCAAGACUCCUCAACCUUCUGCUUCUCUGCUCCGAAAGCUUGGCCUCCCUAUACCCCCUAUCAUCUUCUCUUACGAGACCAUCGCCAAGAACAACAGUCUUUACAACACCCUCAGCAUCUUCGACGUCUACAUCGCCGGCCAGGUCCUCAAGAAGUCUAUCAAGACCUACAACAAGGUCGAGGGACAAGAGGCUGUAUCUGCCAAGAAGGCCGAGCUCAUCUAUAGUGCUCUCGAGGCUCACCCUGACAUCUACAGAAUUGUCCCUGACAAGUCUGCCCGUUCAAGGAUGAACAUCUGCUUCCGCGUUACCAAGAACGGCGAUAUUGACGCUACUGAAAAGGCCUUCCUGAAGGAAGCUACUGCCCAAGGCCUCACCGGUCUCAAGGGCCACCGCAGCGUCGGUGGCAUCCGCGCCAGCAGCUACAACUCCAUUCCUCUGGAGGGAGCUGAGAAGCUCGCCAAGUUUAUUGAGACAUUCGCUACCUCUUAA